AUGUCAUCAUCUAACAAAAAGCAGUCCUCUAUUUUAAGUUUUUUUAAAAGCAACGAAGAAAAAACAAAUAAAUCAUCUUGUUUAAACGAAAUAAAUAAUAAAGAUGGUGAUGGGAAGGAUCAUAGGCAAAAUGAAAUAAAUAACAACGUGCCAGAAAAAAGAAAAAGUGGUGAUGAUAAGUCCGGAGUGGAUUCUAAGAAUAACAGUGAAAAAGAAAAUUUAGGUUCAAAUAAAAAGAUAAAUAUGUUAGAUAUGUUUUUAUCAAAAGGAGAAAUGUAUAAUAAACCUAAAAUAAUAGAUAAUGUAAAUAAGGAGCCGAUAAAUGGAGAUAUGUCAUCUACAGAUAAAAAUAUGAAUGUGAAUAAAACUAAUAAAAUGCACAAUCUUUUUCUUGAUGAGGAGAAGACAGAAAUGAGUAAAACAAAUUGUUCUAAUAAUAAUGUUUAUAAUAAUAAUGUUUAUAAUAAUAAUGUUUAUAAUAAUAAUGUUCAUAACAAUAAUGUUGAUAAUAAUAAUGUUGAUAAUAAUAAUGUUGAUAAUAAUAAUGUUGAUAAUAAUAAUGGAGUGGAGUUAGAUGAGGAUAGUAAUUAUCAAAACAUGGUUCAUAAUAAAAUGUUGGAAGGUCGAAACUAUAUGGAUAAUUUAGAAUCGAGUACAGAGGAUGAUAUAAUUAUAAAAAAGAAAAGGAAGAUAAUUUUAGAUAGUGUUAGUGAUAAAGAAUGUUCAGAUGUAAAAGAAAAUAAUAUAAAUAAAAAUAAUUGUAGUGUAGAUAAUAAAUUAACGAAUUUAUUAUAUGAACCGAAUAAAGAGAUUGAUGAUAAUUUAUUAUUAUUAGAUGAUAAUAAUAAUAAUAAUAAUAAUAUAAAAAAAUGUAUAGAAAAAAGAAAAGGAGACGAUAGUAAAAAAUCACAAGAAUUAGAUAGUUUAAGAAAUAAAUAUUUAAAUCUGCCUAUAAGUAUAACAAAUGAUAAAUUCCGUUUAUAUAUAGAACAUUACUUUUUAUAUUGUAAUACAUUUGAAUUUCCUAAAUGGAUUCAACCACAAUAUAUUAGAGAUAUAAAUCUAAGAACUCCAGAUCAUGCUGAUUAUGACUCAUCAACUAUAUGGACCCCUCCACCUGAUCAUAAAUGGGCCAUCGAAUAUAAGCAAGCACAUUAUACCCCAGGUAUGCAACAAUUCUGGAAAAUAAAAUCAAGAAAUUUUGAUAAAAUUAUAUUUUUUAAAAUGGGCAGAUUCUAUGAAAUCUUUUAUAUAGAUGCAUGUCUAAUGCAUACAAUUUGUUCCUUAAAUUGGAUGAGUGGUGAGCACAAGCCACAUUUAGGUUUCCCUGAACAAUCCUUACAUUUUUAUGCUAAAAAAGUUAUUAACAGUGGUCAUAAAGUAGUUGUCAUUGAACAAAUGGAAACACCAAAAGAAUUAGAACAAAGAAAUAAAGAAUCUAUAGGACCUAAGGAUAAAGCUAUAAAAAGAGAAAUUAACGAAAUAUAUACGAAAGGAACAAUUUUGCAUGAUAAUAUGUUAAGUGCUGAAACGAAAUAUUUAGUAUGUUUUUACUUUGAUGAAAUUGAAAAUAUGACAAGUGUUAAUAAUAAUAAUAAUAUAAAAGAUGAUGAUAAUAUAAAACAUAAUAAUAAUUAUACCUGUUCCCAAUAUGAUAACAAAAGCAAAUGCAACUUCGGUUUUGUUGUUAGUGAUAUAGCUACUUCUUAUAUUGCCGUUGGAUAUUGUAAUGAUGACGAAUCAAGAAUUGUUCUAAGAACAAUUUUAGCUCAAUUAUGUCCUGCUGAAAUUUUAUAUAGCUCUAAAAAUAUAAAUAAAGAAGUUUUAUCUAUUUUUAAAAAUAUUCCUACUUCUCCAGAAUUAACUUGUCUAAAUAGCUUUCCAAAUAUCAUUAGCUCAUUUGAUGAAAUAAAUAAAUACUUUGAAAAUAUUCCAUCUAAUUUAGAAAUAUAUAAAGAACAAACGAGUGUUAUAUGUGCUUUUGGUGGUUUCAUUGUUUAUUUAAGAUCUUUACUUUUAGAUAAAAAAAUAUUUAGAUUCUGUAAAAUUGAAAACUAUGAUCUCUUCAAAAGAGAAAAUUAUAUGGUACUAGAUGCUACAGCUUUAAAACAUCUAGAAAUUUUAGAAACACAAUCAGGAGAUACAAAAAAUUCUUUAUACGAUUAUGUGAAUAAAACUUGUACAAAUUUCGGUGCAAGGAAUUUGAGGAGAUGGAUUUGUAGUCCAUUAUUAGAUUGUGAGAAAAUAAGAGAACGUUUAGAUGUAGUCGACUUCUUAAAAAACAAUGAACAAAUUUUAUCCCUUAUAAGAAUGAAACUAAGAAAAUUACCUGACAUAGAAAGAUUAUUAAAUAAAAUAUGUAUACAAGCUUCACAAAGUGAAAGAGGAGCUGUUUUUUUUGAUAAUGUAGUAAAUACGAAAUUAAAAGAAUUUGUGACUUUUCUCAAUGCAUUCAAAGAAAUCGAUACCAUGUUAAUAGAUGUGAAUAGAACUGAAAGAGAUGGAGAAUUACCUAGUCGCCUUUUUCAAAUAUGUAAUACACCUGAUAUAUGUAAAGAUAAUAUAAAAGGUUCUUAUCCAAAUAUAGGAUUAAUAACAAAUGAAUUUUUAGAAAAAAUUUAUUUCGAUGGAGACAAAGAAUAUAAACCAGCAGAAGGAUGUGAUGAAGAUAUUGAUAAAAUCAAUGAGAAGGAGAAAAAUGUAGAGAAUAAAUUAAAUAAUGUUUUAGAACAUAUGAGAACACAAUUAAAAAUUUCUACCUUAAAAUUUGUGCAUGCAAAAUUUAAAUACGAAGUUGAAUGUCCAGAUAAUAUACCAAAAUCAUUUUUAAAAAAUGUAGAAAUUACAUCAGCAAAAAAAGGAUAUGUUCGUAUACAUAAUGAUGAAAUUAAAUCUUUAGUAGAGAAAUUGGAAGAUAUCGAACAAGAAAAAAAAGACGCUAUAUAUCCAUUCUUCCAAAAACUGUUUCAUUUAUUUUAUGCUCAUUAUGAGAAGUAUGUAUCUGCAUGUAGAUUAAUAGCAGAACUUGAUUGUUUACAGUCUUUUGCUUAUGUAGUCUUGAAUACGGCGUUCCCCUUAACGCGUCCUAUUCUACAUCCUAUGGAUUCUAAGCAGGGAGAGGAAAAGACGCCAUUUUUAAUUUUGGAAGACAAUAUCCAUCCUGUGGUUGCUAUGUUAAUGCCGAAUUUUAUUUCGAACAAUAUUUAUAUGGGAUGUGAUAAAGAAAAACAAUGCACAUUAUUAUUAACAGGUCCUAAUAUGGGUGGUAAAAGUACCUUAUUACGUCAAACAGCUAUUUCUGUAAUAUUAGCUCAAAUAGGUGCAUUUGUCCCUUGUACUUAUUGUGAAUUAACCAUUGUAGAUAAAAUAUUUACUCGUUUAGGUUCUAGUGAUAAUUUAUUUGAAGGAAAAAGUACAUUCUUAGUAGAAUUAGAAGACAUUUCUAACUUGCUAAAACAAAGUACUAAAUAUAGCCUAGCUAUAUUAGAUGAAUUAGGUAGAGGUACUUCUUCUUUUGAUGGUACAGCAAUUGCUUUAUCCACAUUAGAACAAAUAUCUGAUGUUAUAAAAUGUAGAUGCAUAUUUUCAACACAUUAUCAUUUAUUAGUCGAAGAAGUGAAGCAUAAUACAAAUAUUUCAAAUUAUCAUAUGAGCUUAAGUAUUGAUGAUGAACAAGAAAAAAUUAUAUUUUUAUAUAAAUUUAUUAAGGGUGUAUGUCCUAAAUCGUUUGGUAUACAUAUAGCCAAAUUAGCUGGACUACCUAAAGAAAUUAUUGACUUAGCUCAUGAAAAAUCAUUACUGUUUGAAAAUGUUACAGAUGAAUUCUGUAAGAUUAUUAAAUAUAAAAAUAUAACUCGAUCCUUGUUAAAUGAAGAGGCUGAUGAAAAACUAGUAACCUUAUUUCAUAAAUAUAAAAAGGAAUUCGCAUAA